AUGAUAACUAAUUUAUUUUCCGUUUUUGACCCUUCAACAACUAUUUUAAAUUUAUCUUUAAAUUGAUUAAGAACUUUUUUAGGAUUAAUUUUAAUUCCUUUUUCUUAUUGAUUACUUCCUAAUCGAUUUCAAAUAAUAUGAAAUAAUAUUUUAUUAACUUUACAUAAGGAAUUUAAGACAUUAUUAGGUCUUUCUGGGCAUAAUGGAAGAACUUUAAUGUUUAUUUCAUUGUUUACAUUAAUUAUAUUCAAUAAUUUUUUAGGAUUAUUUCCUUAUAUUUUUACUAGUACAAGUCAUUUAACUUUAACAUUAGCUUUAGCUUUCCCAUUAUGAUUAAGUUUUAUAUUAUAUGGAUGAAUUAAUCAUACUCAACAUAUAUUUGCUCAUUUAGUUCCUCAAGGAACUCCUGCAGUAUUAAUACCUUUUAUGGUAUGUAUUGAAACAAUUAGUAAUGUAAUUCGACCAGGAACUUUAGCUGUUCGAUUAACAGCUAAUAUAAUUGCUGGACAUUUAUUAAUAACUUUAUUAGGAAACACAGGACCAAUAGCAAGUAAUUACCUCAUUUUAUCAUUAAUUUUAAUUACACAAAUUGCUUUACUUGUACUUGAAUCAGCAGUUGCUAUUAUUCAAUCAUAUGUUUUUGCUGUAUUAAGAACUCUUUACUCAAGAGAAGUUAAUUAA